CGGAUCAUAGUUGGACCAACUAGAUAAAAAAAAAAAAAAAAAGAGCGGAGACGGAGACGGAGAGAGCUUUUCAUGAAGAGAAUUAAAAGCCGCGCAGGGGGAUUUUAAGAAACGAAAAAGAAAUAGCUCGACCCGCCCCUUCCAAGGGAAGACGAACGGCUGCUGAAGCUGAGCUUAAAGUGUGAAAACAGAAGAAAGAUAUGGAUACCCAAUUCCAUCACAAUUAUUUCGAGAGGCGCACCAUCUUCAGAUCCAAAGCUCCCGCUGUUAGAUGGGUUAAACAAUGGGUUCCGCAGGAUGUCGUAGCAACAGGUGGAAAGUGCUCUCUCUUGAAAUGGGUCACAGAGGGUACAGUAAAGGCUUUGAAUGAGAAAUCAAAUGAGCUAGUGGCACCAGAGCCAGAACCAGAACCUACAACUGAAGUCCUUUUUCUUUGCAGCUAUGAAGGCUGUGGGAAGACCUUUAUUGAUGCUGGUGCUUUGAGGAAGCAUUCUCACAUACAUGGGGAGAGACAGUAUGUUUGUCACUAUGAGGGUUGUGGGAAGAAAUUUUUGGAUAGUUCAAAGUUGAAACGACACUUUCUCAUUCAUACUGGUGAAAGAGAUUUUGUAUGCCCUCAUGAAGGCUGUGGUAAGGCAUUCUCCCUGGAUUUCAACCUACGGUCUCACAUGAAAACACAUUCACAAGAGAACUAUCAUAUAUGCCCAUACCCAGAAUGUGGAAAGAGAUAUGCACAUGAGUACAAGCUUAAAAACCACAUUUCAUCUCACCAUGAAAAGUUGCAGAAUGUGCCUGUGGAUGUGCCUAAGUAUACUGUUCCACCUUCAGAGAAGCAAACAAAAACUCCCAAGCCUUCUGCAGGGGUUUAUGGUUCUGCAUCAUCUGAUCGCCCUUAUGCCUGCCCUUAUGAAGGGUGUGAAAAAGCCUACAUCCAUGAAUACAAGCUUAAACUACAUCUGAGGAGAGAGCAUCCUGGUCAUAUGUCUGAUGAAAAUGCUGAGCAUGCCCUUAAUACUGCUGACAAUGAGAUGGACGAAGCCAGUGAUCAAGAUGUCUAUGCGGGAAAACGUGUGAAUGGCAAAAGCCAGAAAACAAAUAGGGCCAAGCCGAAUUUGAAGUUCCCGCCUGCCAAAGUGCGCAAGGGCUCAACUCCAUCUCAGGCCACUACGAACACAAUGAAAAAGCCGUGGCCAGUCAAAGAAGUAGUUUAUGAAGAAGAUAGUGAAGAAACGGAGGAGGACCGUGACAAUGUAGAGGAUGGUUGGAGGUAUGCCGGAAACAACGACGAUGAUGAUGAAGAAACAGAAGAUGAAGACUAGAUCUUUGAGGGAGUUUUUAUUUGUCCUUGAUGGAUGGAUAAUAGAGGCACUUAGUCUGUGACCAUACCUCUAAUUUUAUUCUAUUCUAUUCUAUUCCGUUCUUUAUAUUUUUUCUUUA